UUAUUUGCACAUGUAUUAAUAUAAACAAAAGUACAUAUUUAUACACAACAUGCAUGAACACAAGUUGUACAGAUUUGAAGUGCGGGGGUGUUUGAGUUUAGAGACUCAUACCUGCCCGCGCCGUGUCGCGGUGGGAUGGUCUCGUGCCUCACAAGCACGAGAAGCGAGCGCGCCUCCAGCAUUCAGUCAGUGCGCGCGGCUCGUGCCAGGCUGCAGCAGCUCCACUCGAGAUCUCAUGUGGGAAAUUACACGCGUUUAAACGUGGAUACGGAUCUCGCUGUAAGGGUUCCAGGUACAGACGGAAAAGGACACGACCCUUGUCUGUUAAACUCUGAAGUGCCCCGGUGCCAGCUCUACAGGUCAACCCAAGCGGAACGGCGCAGGACAAUAGCGGCGCGACCCAGAGACCUGAGACAGAUAUCAAAAAGCAAACAGUCAAGCUCAUUAGCUCAAGACAAGCCAAGGUGAAACGUUCUUUCAACGUAUAAAGGGGUUGAAACGACAAAAAGGAAAGACGUAUUCAGAGCAAAUGCUGACUGCUAUUUAUGCUGCUCUGUGGUGAAGAGAACGUCUCAUUUUGGAUUGGGCGGAAAGGCUUUCUCUAGAUAGAAAUGUGUGUGUAAAUACGGCAUGGAGAUAUUGAUUCGUCUCCUACAAAACUGCCCAACAAAGUGACUAAAUAUAGCAAAGCCCAGCUGCCAACUGUGUUACUUAAACCUCCCCGACUGAUAACUCAAUUUUGGAAUGACACGUCUACAUGUAUAUGGAACCUAAAAAUGGAUCCCUAAAAAUUCCCAGCGAUUCAGAAACAUCAUCAUAAAGUGACUGUUUGGUUUCCUUUACGAUUCUUGUACUUCUGGAGAGGUCAAAGCAGCCGUUUUGUCUUUUCUUAUUGGAUGUGUUUUUCCAAAACGUCAAGAUGAAACCUUUAACCCCCAUUGGUUCGCCCUCUCCCCUGCGGCUCCUUAACAAGGGUCCGGAUUACCUGCGCCGGCAGAUGGAUUCGGGAAGCAGGGGUCGUUCCAUCAGCGCCGUUGAACGUCUAGAAGCAGACAAAGCAAAAUAUGUCAAGAGUCAACAGGUCAUCAAUACAAAACAAGAGCCCGUUUUAGUGCCCUGUGCCACCCCUCCACCGAUACCCCGUCGCAACUUCACAACAUCUACCCCCUCGACGCCCGUCCUCCCCGCACGCAGACAAACAAUCCCGUCCUCUUCCUCCCAGCUCUCGGGUGAUGACAACGAGGGCGACUCAAGGAAAGAGAAUUUUCAGAGCGAGGUGGCAACACGCAACCGAAACAAUGCAAACAAGCCCCCUGCACCUUCUCCGAGAACCCCAAACACUAAACCAUUAGUCGCCCCGCACAGUGCUCCCAUGAUGCGCAGGAGCACCGGCAAGCGCAUGCUGCGCCCGGACUCGCUGGUCAUUUACAGACAGAAGAAAGAAUGCAAGAGUCCCGACAACGGCGGUGGAAACGUCAACGCGGAGGCCAGGGGCUACAGCUUCGUCCGGAGGCUCUUCCAGGGAUCCAUGCGCGAGAAAAACAGCACGAGCGAAGCGGCUCACAAAAUGGUGAUCAGUGAGGAGAAGGCCUCUUCGUCUCGAGACGGGGACUCACGGAUGUCCUGGUCCAAUGACAGAGACACAGUCGACGGCGGAAACGAGACGAUGAGAUCGAGCAGAUCCGAGCGCGCUCCCUCGACGCCGCACCCUGAAAACGACAACUCUGGCUUUCUAGAAAAACAAUCGAAGAACAGCAUGCUUAACACUUUACGAAACAGCAUGGGUCACUGUAACAAUAAUGACAUGGACCCGUGGAAACCAGUCAUUCCACGAAUGAGGUCGGAUUUAAAACGUUCAAAGUCGGACUUGCGUCUGCGCUGCUCGCUGGCCGUGUCCGAGCAGGAGCGCUUCUUUGAUUUCUGCGGACUGGACCUGGAUAUGGUGGAGAGACUCGGACCGGAUAACUUCUUAACAGCCGCCAGUUCGAUCGACACGCUCUCGUUGCUCCUGAGGAGCGUGGGAGGAGGCUCGGAACCCAGCGAGUUUUCUCGACACUCCGGGGACAGACUUUUUCAGGAUGAGCUCGCCGAACAGAUCCCCACCGGUGUGUCUAUUAUUGAGAGAAACGCACGUGUUAUUAAGUGGCUAUACGGGUGUAAGAAUGCAGCCCAGGAGGGCCCUAAAGAGUCAACGGUUUGAUUGUCAACAACAACUAAAAUUCUUCAUUUCAAUUCUUUUAUUCUUCAGAGUUGUCUGGAAUAACGUUCUGACACUGAAAAAAAUGAUCACUGCAGAUUAUACUGUAUUUAUUUUCUGAACAAUUUGUAUUUAAGAGAUUUCUUUGGCAUUCACAACCAGUACCUUUUCAUU